CAAAUCCAAUGAAUCAAAAUAUCUUUUUUAGGUUUUAAAUGCAAUAUUUGUCAAUAUAAAAAAGAAUGAGUAACGCUCAAGAAUAUAUAGUGUACGGAUACUCACUUGGAAAUCCAGUUUUCGAAAUAAAGCCUGACAUAGGUCAGCCAAAUUCCACUUUUGUCCCUAACAUAAUUCAAGUAAUACCGGCUAGAACAACACCAGCUAUUCGUAUUAUCGAAAAUAUUCAGAUCUGCAAUCCCGCUCAGCAGCUUCAAGUUGCGUGCGAUGUUUCCCCGUCCUGCUUCGUAACACAGUCAGACUCAAUCCCAUCAGUUAGCGAACAAGUAACGCCAAACGCAGAUUCUAUCAGUACCACAAGUGAUGCACCCGUCGCCAUUGAAAUAAUCUCAUCACUGGUUGAAACCAAAUCUGAUUCAACCGAUCAUGACCCGAAAACAAUUUCUCAUGAUAAAUUAAAUGUUGAUAAGAAAACACGCCCAAAAUCCAAAUUGAAAAAACCAGUGGCAAAAUCUCAACAAAUUACUAAACUAAAACCUCCAACGCCUCCACCUGCCACCGUCACCACAGGCAAAACCAUAUUAUUCAAACCGAGGAAAGACUUCCUUUACGAAUGCGACAUCUGUGACAGUCAGUUUCUAUCGCCUGUCUCGCUGAGGCUUCACAAAACUGGCCAUCGCUAUGGUGCUCCCGAAGAGAAGAAAACCUACAGCUGUCGUUUCUGUGGCCGUCAGUUUUCCCACCUACAGACGCUGGGGGACCACGAGAAAGUACACAUCGACGAUCCAUACGAUUGUGGCACCUGCGGUGCACGGUACAGUUCGAAAAGUGGCCUCCGGAACCACUUGUCCAAGAAUAGCAAGUGUAAUGUUGCCUUCCAGAGCGCGAAACUGCAGAAGAAAAAGCAGGAUGAAGAACAGAAGGACCAUGGUUGUGAUAUCUGCGGGAAAACGUACCGACAUCGGAAGUCGAUGCUCGAGCAUCGCAGUUUGCAUUUCAGAAACAAACAACACCGAUGUGACCGGUGUGGGGUGAUGUUCGAGACUACUGGCGGUUGGCGGAAACAUAGGGCAAAUCAAAGGUGUGAGUUUUCGAAGCGGAAAUUCAAGGAUCCAGGCGGAGGCGAUGAAUUGUUCAUCCCCGAAGAAAGAAAGAAAUUUUUGGAACAGGUAAAGCAACUGGAGGGAGAAAGUGGUGCUGGGUUUUCAGCUGGUCGAAAGACGGAACAAAAACGAAAAUCGAGAGAACGUAGCAGAAGUAAUAGCAGUGAAAAUAGCCAAUUCAGUAAUAUCAGUAACGGUCACAGCGAAAACACAUCAUUUGAAAUAGAAGACGAAUCGAAAGCAUCACAAGAUAGAAAAUUAGAAAUUUCCCCACAGCCAUUAAUUGAAUUGGUGACCAUACCGGAUACCUCGACAGGCUCGAAAGAUAUCAAUGCUAUUGACGAACCAGAAAUUUCCCUUGAGUCAAUUAAGCAACCGGAAGAAAUUAAGUACGAAAUUACUAGCGACCAAGAAACGGAGAAAAUUGACACCAAAGAAAGUCUCAAAGAUGAUGAGGGAAACAAUGAUAAUAAAAUUAGGCAGGAAGUGGAUGUUGAUCAAUCAGAAGAUGAUCUCGUUAUACCUUUACCUGCCAAAAAAGCAGUCGGGAGAAACGAUCCCAAAGAACCUGUCCCUAGAAAACCUCGGAAACCCAAAGAACACAAAUGUCCAACCUGUGACAAAACAUUCGCUCGGGGAUUCAUCCUUAAGAAUCACCUGCGGAAACACACCGGAGAGCGACCCUUUUUAUGUGACAGCUGUCCGAAGUCGUUCGGGGAUGCGGCUUCGCUGAAAAUGCACUCCGUCAUACACACGGGCGAAAAGCCAUUCCCCUGUUCCGAGUGUCCUGCGAGAUUUGCUCGCAAAAGUGGUCUGCGCAACCACAUCACCAUACAUUUUAAUCUUCCCUGUGAUGAAUGCGACCAGAAGUUUCCUUCUCGGAAAACUCUAGUGCGGCACAAAAUCAAACAUCAAGGUGUGCGACCUUUCCUGUGCGAAAUAUGUUCCAAAGAUUUUCGAACGAAAGCGGACAUGACAGCGCACAUGCGAAUUCAUUCGAACGAAAAGCGAUACGUUUGCAAAAUAUGCUCUGCUCGGUUCAACUGCCCAUCGACACUGCGUAGGCAUCGCAACGUUCAUGCUCCACCGGAAACCCGACCGGUUUGCGAGAGCUGUGGAAAAUCAUUUUCAUCGCGGCAAGCUCUUCAGAAGCACGAGAACAUUCACAAGAAUCUGAAACCCUUCCAGUGCGAAAUAUGUUCCAAGUGUUUCCGAGUGAACGAUCAUCUGAAGGUUCAUCUGCGGUCACACUAUGGCGAAAAACCUUUCUCGUGUGAUUUGUGCCAAAAAAGAUUUGUGACGAACGGGGAUCUGCGAGUUCAUUACCGGCGGCAUACCGGUGAAAAGCCUUAUACUUGUGAUGAGUGUGGUCAAGGAUUCGUAGUGACGGCCGGACUCUACCGGCAUCAGAAUGAAACGGGUCACGAAAAUAGCAAACCUACGGCCAUUAUUGUGCCGGAAUACACGAGAGCUACGUAGGGUUGGCUGUCAGGCCUCCACACGAAACAACUACGAAUUAUAGGAAUUGUCUCAUAUAAAGUUUUGAUAGCGGAA